CUCUCUCUCUCUCUCUCUCUCUCUCUCUCUCUCUCUCUUUGUGGUUAAUCUGUCAUGUUCCGUUAGCGGAAUCUCUUGUGUUCUUUGAUAUUCGGUAUUGGCCAACAAAAUUCUUAGUAAACACUCUGCAAAAUCUAUUCUCAAUAAAUCUGGCUAUCGUAAAACAUCGUAAAACAUUAGCCACCGCUUUGAUAUACUCGCGAUAUACUUGGCAACCGUUUCGCGCCACGCGACGCGCAUGAGUGUAAACGAUCGGAGUAGAUUCCUGCGCGCGAGGCGUGCGAUAUACGAGGACGAGAACACGCGACGAGCGUCGUCGGGGAGGAUAAUACUGUGCGUGGUGCACGGAGUGGCACGGACGUCUGGCAGUGGACGUCCGGUAGUAGAAUUAUGGUGCGGAUCGCGAGGGGUCGAAUAUUCAGUGCACCCUUCGUCGCGGUCAUUCUGACGUUCACGUUGCUGUUGCUCGUCGAUCAAGUAUUUUCUAAGCUAUGCGAUGGAGGGCAUAUCUGCUCUCCUCCAAAGGAAUGCUGUUCUUUUGGCUGUUGUUACAGUGUCUUCACACCAGUGCAUCCUCAUGUUUCAGAAAUGUUCAAUUUCUUGAUUUGGACUUAUUGGUACCUAUGGGUAGCAGUGCUCGCAGCCUUAGCUAUAGCGGCAACAUGUGGCUUCUGGCUGUGGAAACGUCGUCGUUCAGCGUUGUCGGAUGAUUGCGCAUCUUCAGAAAGAACCUCCACAGGACCGUGGUAUCCACCUCCUCAUUAUAGCCGAUGUAGUUCCUUUGUCCAAGCAUUACCACCACCAUACACUGAGGUGACUGCAAAGCCAGAUCUUUAUCCAUUAGUAAUUGGCUAUGAUGAUAGUUCGGGCAAAGGUACUUCUGGUUUUGUGAUGCGUUACUUCAGAUCGUUGUCACAUGCGAGUACAUUGGAUUCAUUGAGCUCUAGUUUCAUGUGCAAUAUGGUGAACGAAGCAAAUACCAUUAUUCCACCACCGUAUUCUUGUAAUGAUAGCGUUGACGAAUUAUCAGCGGAAUGUGAAAGAAGAGAAACUGACGAUGUUGGCUCUAUCAUCUCCUUGACAAAUCACAGAACAACUUCUGACAUAUCAAGCCUAGGUGCUCAAUCGCCUUGUUCUCCGCCAAGAGCUACAAGCCCAACAAUAGAAGUGCGGGAAUUAUUGGAUAAGAUACAACAACUUCCUCAUUUAUCUAACGGACAUUCUACCACUAUGCAUUGUCAACAGAAUCAAACUCCGGUCUUGUAUGUAACAAACAGCGAUGGUACUACGCAACAACGGCCUUUAAGUCCCAACGAUGUUGGUUCAUACAAAAUCAGAAGAACCAGAGGCAAGCUAUACAUGCCAUUGGGAUUGUCGAAUUCACGAAGCAAAACGAAGCGAUGGUUAUCCCGAUCUGCACCAACAACGCCCUCGGGUACAAUACCGAUAUCCUUCUUGCCUGGACAGAGUAGAAGGCCCUCAGAGGCUGACAACAACAACCAACAGGCAGUACCAUUGCUUUACGAGCAAGAUGAGAACGAGAACAAUAAUACGGAUCAACCGUCUUCGGGCGUUCCAUUGCUCACCGAACAAGAAGAAGAACGACAAUCGACAUGACAUGAUGUCUAAACCGUUCGUGCCAUUUAAUACCCGUCAUCGCGAAGAUUUCGCGCGAUGAUAUUACCAUACACACACGCGCGCGCGCGCGCGCGCACACACACACACACACACACACACACACACACACACAGAUUUAGAUAUUUUUUAAUAUGGCUCUGAUACACAUUCAUCAUGUAUGCCGUAUCAUAAAAUUAUACACAGUCAGGAUGUAUUUAUUUUUAUGUAGAUGUGA